CAGAAUCAUGGUAAUCGAGCGAGUAACUCACAACAAUGUUUGACGAGGCUUUACUUUUGGACUUUGGCGGAGUAGUCUGUGAGUUCACCAAGGACUUAUCGAGUAAACAGACAUUAGUUUCAUCUAUCUUUCCUACUCUUCUGCGUUUCCGCGUCAUUCAUUUUCCAUCAGUCGUAGCAUCUACAUUAGAACUACUCGGGACAGUAGUUGUUUUGUCUGGGUCACCGGUUGCUGCUGUAGAAACAUGGCCACCAAUAUCUAAUGACGUGUCACCCAUUGGUUAUUUCAGGGUAGAAGGUUCGAUUGCACGUUGCGCAGUUGGAUGUCUGGCCUGUGCCGUGACAGUACUUACGGGACUGACGCAAUCUUCGCCAUCAGUACCAAUGUUACCGAUACGGCCCUCGUCGACCUUCUUAUCAGCCAACACCAGAAGGCUAAUUGCUUCCUGGAUGAGUAAUGUUUUGCUCGAGCGACAAGACAUACAAAGCCAAUGGGAGUUGGGCUUUGGGCACCUUUUAUAUGCAGUAGGGCUUGAUCGGGUACACACCUUAUGGGACCACUUAUUACACUCAUCACAUUACAUCCCUUCCUCCACGGCGAAUAAGCAAUAUGGUUGUCCACAUUUAUGAGCAGAGCUGGCCAUCUCAAAAAU